GGAGGAGCGAGAAUUGGCAAAAGAAAAUCUAUUCAAAAGUCAAGUCAAAUUCGUUAUUUUUCUACUUGUAUUAAGUGCACCACAGAAGGAGGACUUGCAGACAGAUGAUGACCGCCUGGGUCACGGUUUGGGGCAUUUUAAUCGUCCUUUUUCAGGCCUCCGCUUUAGUGCCGACCGAGAAGCCAACAUGUGUACCUGGAUUCCAGUCGGAUAUGUUGGUUUACCAGGUGGUCAGGAAGCACCUGAGGCUGGGCACGAGACUGGGAAAAGUGGGCUUCUCUGACUGCACGGAGCGCAGAGCCUUUCCUUUCCACAGCGAUGACGGCCAUUUCACAGUGCAGACAGACGGCAUGUUGAAGGUAAAAAGACCGAUUGAUAUUCAUCGCCAUCGGGAAUUCACUAUCCAUUCCUGGGACUCAGAAGGUCACAGAAUAAGUGUUCCUGUCCGAGUAGUGCACCAUGGGCAUCGCCACGGGAAACACCACCAUGAUGUUGAGCGUCACCAUGGAGAACGCGAACACCACAACCAUCUGCACCGCCACACCAAAGUGGACUCUGCUGAAAACACCGAGAGUACAACAGAUCAACAAGUGCCCAUUUUGCAGUUUGCCAAGUCUGUUGAAGGUCUGAGGAGGAGGAAGAGAGACUGGGUCCUUCCUCCAUUAAGCGUUCCUGAGAAUAGCAGAGGACCCUACCCACUAAAAGUAGCUCAGAUCCGUUCUAGUGAAGAUAAACUAAAGAGAAUCUACUACAGCAUCACUGGUCGAGGAGCUACUGAGGCUCCUGUUGGCAUUUUCGCCGUAGACAGAAACUCUGGUAAUAUGUAUGUCACACAACCACUGGAUAGAGAAGCAAAAGCAUCUUACAUGUUUGAAGUACACGCUGUGGCAGAUGGUGCAGGAAUUGCUGAAGAGCCUAUGGAAAUUAUAGUGAAUGUAAUUGACCAGAAUGACAACAAACCAGUCUUUGCUCAAAGCACCUUCCUGGGAGAAGUUGCUGAGAGCUCACCAGAAGGUUCUGAGGUGAUUAAGAUUCAGGCCACAGACCUUGACGAGCCAAAUAAUGACAACUCCGAUAUCCGCUACAGUAUUCUGAGCCAGGAUCCAACUUUGCCCUCAGACCCUCUGUUUGCCAUCAACCCGGUCACUGGCGUCAUCAGAGUCAACGCUGGGGGGCUCGACCGAGAGAAAUACCCAAAUUACACUCUGGUGGUUCGAGCAGCAGACAUGAGAGGAGAAGGGUUGAAAGGGGAAGCAAAAGUCAUCCUUACGGUCACUCAUAGCAACGACAAUGCUUCGGCCGUCACUCAGCCUGCGAGUACAACAGAUCAACAAGUGCCCAUUUUGCAGUUUGCCAAGUCUGUUGAAGGUCUGAGGAGGAGGAAGAGAGACUGGAUCCUUCCUCCAUUAAGCGUUCCUGAGAAUAGCAGAGGACCCUACCCACUAAAAGUAGCUCAGAUCCGUUCCAUUGAAGAUAGAGUAAAGAGAAUCUACUACAGCAUCACUGGUCCAGGAGCUAGUGAGGCUCCUUUUGGCAUUUUCACCGUAGACCGAGACUCUGGUAAUAUGUAUGUCACACAACCACUGGAUAGAGAAGAAAAAGAAUCUUACAUGUUUGAAGUACACGCUGUGGCAGAUGGUGCAGGAAUUGCUGAAGAGCCUAUGGAAAUUAUAGUGAAUGUAAUUGACCAGAAUGACAACAUACCAGUCUUUGCUCAAAGCACCUUCCUGGGAGAAGUUGCUGAGAGCUCACCAGGAGGUUCUGAGGUGAUUAAGAUUGAGGCCACAGAUCUUGACGAGCCAAAUAAUGACAACUCCGAUAUUCGCUACAGUAUUCUGAGCCAGGAUCCAACUUUGCCCUCGGACCCUCUGUUUGCCAUCAACCCGAUCACUGGCGUCAUCAGAGUCAACGCUGGGGGGCUCGACCGAGAGAAAUACCCAAAGUACACUCUGGUGGUUCGAGCAGCAGACCUGAGAGGAGAAGGGUUGAGUGGGGAAGCAAAAGUCAUCCUUACGGUCACUGAUAGCAACGACAAUGCUCCGGCCUUCACUCAGCCUGCGUACGAGGCAUCAGUUGAAGAAAAUAAAAUCGACGCUCAUGUCAUUACAAUGUCGGUCACGGAUGGCGAUGAGCCACUUUCGGCUGCCUGGAACGCCGUGUUCACAAUUGUCGCUGGUGAUCCCGGAGGACUUUUUACUGUGAAAACAACAGAAAGUAACAAACACGAAGGAAUCAUUUCUACUGCCAAGGCUCUUGACUUUGAGAGAAGCACCCAGCACACUCUUCUGGUUGCAGUGGUGAAUGAGGUUCCUUUUGCUAUUCCACUGCUCACUGCCACAACCACAGUGGUGGUGACUGUGGUGGACGUCAAUGAAGCUCCAAUCUUUAAUCCAAUAGAGAAGCAAGUGUCAAAGCGGGAGGACCUCGCUGUGGGCAGUGAGGUGGUGCAGUACACUGCUUCUGACCCAGACACUGCACGAAAACAGAUAGUCACGUAUAGAAUAAUCCGAGACCCUGCCGGAUGGCUUAGUGUGGCCAAAGACACUGGCCUGAUUAAAGUAAAGAGUCUCAUGGACAGAGAGGGCAGCUUUGUAAAGGACAACAAAUACACAGCACUCAUUGGCGCAUCCGACAAUGAUGAUGUGCCAGCCACAGGAACUGGUACUCUGAUAAUCCAGCUUGAAGAUGUCAAUGACAAUGCACCCACCAUUGAGGAACGUUCAAUCAGGUUGUGUCACAAGGACUCGGCUCCUCAGCUGCUGUCUGUCACAGAUAAAGACGGACCGGGCUUUGCUGCUCCAUACAGCGUCUCUCUACACGGCCCGUCAAAGACCAACUGGACUGCUAGGAUGAACGACUCCAAAACUGGUAUCGUCCUGAAUUUGGCCACUGUGCUGGACAGUGGCGAGUACACUGUGGUCCUCAGGGUUGCAGACAACCAGGGCAUGGCGCAGGACAGCACCGUCCUGGCCACAGUGUGUGACUGCACUGGGGAAGAAGUGACCUGCAAGGGGCGUGCGGUAGCUGGCUCUGAGCUGCCUGUAAUCCUGGGAAUACUCGGAGGCAUCCUGUUACUGCUCAUGCUGGUGUUGCUGCUGCUGUUUUUCGCGAGACGGCGGCGAGGCGAGCAGAAGGUACCGCUACUGCAAGAGGACGACAUCAGAGACAACGUCUACUACUAUGAUGAAGAAGGAGGCGGGGAGGACGAUCAGGAUUAUGAUCUGGGUGUUCUCCACCGUGGUCUGGACAACCGGCCCGAGGUUUUCAGAAACGACGUGGUUCCAAACUUCAUGCCGGCUCCACAGUACCGCCCUCGGCCCGCCAACCCAGAGGAAAUCGGUAACUUCAUCGAUGAUAACCUGAAGGCAGCAGACAAUGACCCGACAGCACCCCCCUACGACUCCCUGCUGGUGUUUGACUACGAGGGAGGAGGCUCUGACGCAGGAAGCAUCUCCACUCUGAACUCCUCGAGCAGCGGAGACCAGGACUACAACUGCCUUAAUGAAUGGGGUCCCCGCUUCAAGAAACUGGCCGACAUGUACGGAGGAGGAGAAGAUGAUGACAUGCUGUAAAUUUACCAAAGACAACGUAAUCUAGAUGGGUGGAUGCACAUUUUAAUAUUGAUGUUGUGAACUGAUGACUGACUGCAUGCCAGGGAAAUUAUAAUGCAGCAAAGCAUCAGUAGGCCCACACAGUUAGUUUAGUUUUCUUUGUGGCGAUUGAGGUUGGUUGUCAGUUCAGUUGUGUCAGCAGUUAACAGCCACUGCUCUGAAGCUUUUUAUUUUUAUACAUUAGGUUUUGUCUGUCCCGCUUUUAGAUCCUCGAUUUAGUUUAACUUUGAUUUAUUGUGUAUUUUAAACUCCGACGUGGAGCCACAUGAGUCUCAUUACGGAUUUCUUUUGGCAAUGUAUGGUACUUAAGAUUUUUUUUUAAUGUUUUUUUUUUCUUAUUCUUCAGUUUAAUUGUUUUGGAAUUUUAAAUGUUUAAGGGAAAUCAGGUAGCAUCCACCCUCAGAUGGUGGAGUUGAUGAGUUCAAAAUGAAUGCUUCCUAACUAAGCUUGAUUAGUAUCAGUUCAGUUUUGUAACUUAAAUUCUUUUUGCCAUUACUUGCAAAUGGAAUUUUCUUUUUUAUAUAAAGUUCUUAAUACAAAAA